GGUACAAUUGGACACUACGAGGCGAGCAUGACGCCGGUGGUUUACGAAGAGUUCACCAAGGACGAGCUGCUACAGGUGGUGCGCAAGCUGCGCGAGUCGCCCGAGAAGCUCGCGCACGCCGUUGACACGGUGGCGCGGGCCGUGCGCAGUGGCGAGCCGUUGACCAAGAAGCAGAAGAAGCUCGCGUACAACCAGAAGCCGCCCAAGCCCUUCGACUACAGCCGUUUCCGCACCCGCCAUAUCGCGCUCAAGUUCUCGUAUGCGGGCGAAAAGUACGCUGGCUUUGCGCGCCAAGACCACAUGGAGCACACGAUCGAGCGGUACCUCAUCGACGCGCUGUACCGUGCGCGGCUCAUUGAAGACUUCAACAAGUGCGGCUACUCGCGCUGCGGUCGCACCGACGCGGGCGUCAGCGCCCUCGGUCAAGUCGUCGGUCUCAUCGUGCGGUCGAAUGUCCCGACGGACGCCGUCCUUCUCGACGACAAGACGAUCGACGAUAUCCUUCCGAACGAGCCGUUCCGCAUCCAGCUCCCGGACGGUACCAUCAAGACGCUGACGGAGCUCGACUACCCCGUCUCGCUGAACUCGGCACUGCCGGCGGACAUUCGCAUCUACGGCUGGGCACCGGCGCCGCGGGCCGAGUGGAGUGCGCGCUUCGACUGCAUCGGCCGCGUGUACAAGUACUUUUUCCAUCGGCGCCGGAUGGACUUGACGCGCAUGCGGGAAGCGGCGUCGCUUCUCCAAGGCGUCGACAUGGACCACCGCAACUUUUGCCGCAUGGACCCCAAUGUCCUUGCAUUCAAACGGUCGAUUUCAUCCUUUAAAAUCCACGAAGCCGAGCCCGUGGACGCGAGUGGCGAUGACUACUACCAGCUCUGCUACCUCGAGAUCCACGGCAAGGCCUUCUUGUGGCAUCAAGUCCGGUGCAUGGCAGCAGUCUUGUUUCUCGUCGGCCGCGGGCUCGAAGCGCCGUCGAUUGUCACGACGCUCCUCGAUAUUGACGCCACGCCCCGCAAGCCCCAGUAUGAAAUGGCCUCGGAGCUCCCGCUGGUCUUGCACGACUGCAAAUACGACCAAAUGCACAUGACCUUUACGCCCGGCGUGCUCAACCGUGUCUACUGCGAUAUUGAAGAGCAGUGGGAGGCUGCGAGCCUUCGCACGGCGAUGCUCAAGAACGAGCUCGAGACGAUCAAAUCGCUUAGCGUAUCGCGGCCGCACGCGCUCCAGGAGGUGCCGGCUGCGUCGUCAGACGACCUCCUUCCAUUUGGCAGCGUCUGGCCGUCGCUGCCGCCGGCGGGCAAAGGGCUCAAGCACAUUCCGCUGCUGCAGCGCAAGACGGGUCCGUCGGUCGAAGAAAAGAUGGAAAAAACCAUGCGGAAACGCAUGGCCAAGGAGCUUCAGGCCGAGGAAGACGCUUAAGUCGUUGGACGCGAUUCACGGGAUCGAUUGGACUAGCGUUGAUUGUUCUCUCUGGUGUAAACCUAAACACAAG